CUGGGCCGCGCCGGGCUCGGCUCCGCUCCGCUCCUUGCUGCUGGGCGGGGAGGGCGGCCGGAGCAAGGGGAGGGGAGCCGCAAGGACCUGGGCUGGCUCUGAGGGCCGGGGGAGGGAAGUCGACGUGCGUGUGCCUCCCUGUAUUUUAAUAACUGUUUGUUGUUGGAUAGUGUGGGCUGUUUUUUUCUUUUUUUUUUUUUUUCCACCCAUUUUCUCAAGGCGAAGGGAGAACAGCCGCCCCCAGUGCGCCUGCAUGGCUUUCGCUCCCUCGGAGCGCCCCUGGAAAAUAAAAUCCGCCUUGGGCCCGGGUGACGUCCCCCACCUCCGCUCACACACACGCGGGGAGCGGUAGCGGCGGGGAGCGCCCGCCCGUGAGAACAUGGAGGGACCCUCGGGCCCGGCGGAGGAAGCGGAGCUUGCCGCUCCCUCAACCGUCAAGCACGAGCUGAGGAAUGCAAAUUUGACAGGUCCAUGGCAGAGAAAGUUGGUAAUUGAAAACUUCGAACUCCUGAAAGUCCUUGGAACAGGGGCCUAUGGAAAAGUGUUCCUAGUAAGGAAAGUAAGUGGCCACGAUGCUGGAAAGCUGUAUGCCAUGAAAGUACUGAAGAAAGCAACAAUAGUUCAAAAAGCCAAAACAACAGAGCACACAAGGACAGAACGACAAGUGCUGGAGCACAUUAGGCAAUCACCAUUUUUGGUCACAUUACAUUAUGCCUUCCAAACAGAGACAAAGCUUCAUCUCAUCUUAGACUAUAUAAAUGGAGGAGAAUUGUUUACUCACCUUUCACACAGAGAAAGAUUCUCAGAAAAUGAGGUGCAAAUUUACAUCGGGGAAAUCGUAUUGGCACUUGAACAUCUCCACAAGUUGGGGAUUAUAUAUCGGGAUAUAAAACUUGAGAAUAUUCUGCUUGAUUCUGAUGGCCAUGUGGUGCUGACAGACUUUGGUCUGAGUAAGGAGUUUCUUACUGAUGAGAAUGAGAGAGCAUAUUCUUUCUGUGGAACAAUAGAAUAUAUGGCUCCAGAUAUUGUAAGAGGAGGAGAAACAGGACAUGAUAAGGCUGUUGAUUGGUGGAGUGUUGGUGUUCUUAUGUAUGAAUUAUUAACUGGAGCAUCACCAUUUACAGUUGAUGGAGAGAAGAAUUCCCAAGCAGAGAUUUCUAGGAGAAUAUUAAAAAGUGAGCCACCUUAUCCACAAGAAAUGAGUGCAUUGUCUAAGGAUAUAAUUCAGCGUCUUCUGAUGAAAGACCCAAAGAAGAGGCUAGGCUGUGGUCCCACUGAUGCUGAUGAAAUCAAACAGCAUCCAUUUUUCCAGAAUAUGAAUUGGGAUGAUUUAGCUGCUAAAAAAGUGCCAGCUCCAUUUAAACCAGUAAUCAGAGAUGAGUUGGAUGUUAGUAACUUUGCAGAAGAGUUUACAGAGAUGGAUCCCACAUAUUCUCCAGCAGCAACGCCUCAGACUUCAGAAAGAAUAUUUCAGGGAUAUUCUUUCGUUGCACCUUCUAUUUUGUUUAAACGCAAUGCAGCUAUAGUAGAUCCUCUGCAAUUCUAUAUGGGGGAUGAGCGGCCUGGAGCUACAACUAUUGCCAGAAGUGCUAUGAUGAAGGACUCUCCAUUUUAUCAUCAUUAUGAACUGGAUCUGAAAGAGAAACCAUUGGGAGAAGGAAGUUUUUCCAUUUGUCGAAAGUGCUUACACAAGAAAACUAGCCAAGAGUAUGCAGUAAAAAUAAUUAGCAAAAGAAUGGAAGCCAACACUCAGAGAGAAAUAACAGCUCUGAAACUCUGCGAGGGACACCCGAAUGUAGUCAAGUUGCAUGAAGUUUAUCAUGAUCAGCUUCACACGUUCCUAGUAAUGGAAUUGCUGAAGGGAGGAGAAUUGCUUGAACGUAUUCAGAAAAAGAAACAUUUUAGUGAGACUGAAGCCAGUCACAUUAUGCGCAGACUUGUUUCGGCAGUGAGCCAUAUGCAUGAUGUAGGAGUAGUCCAUAGAGAUCUGAAACCUGAGAAUUUAUUGUUUACUGAUGAAAGUGAUAAUUCAGAAAUAAAAAUAAUUGAUUUUGGCUUUGCUCGUUUAAAACCACCUGAUAAUCAGCCUCUUAAGACUCCGUGUUUUACUCUCCAUUAUGCUGCUCCAGAGCUCUUGAAUCACAAUGGUUAUGAUGAAUCCUGUGAUCUGUGGAGUUUAGGGGUAAUACUGUAUACAAUGCUAUCAGGACAGGUACCAUUUCAGUCUCAAGACAAAAGCUUAACAUGUACCAGUGCACUGGAAAUUAUGAAGAAAAUUAAAAAGGGAGAGUUUUCCUUUGAAGGAGAAGCUUGGAAAAAUGUUUCUGAAGAGGCUAAGGAGUUAAUUCAAGGACUUUUAACUGUGGAUCCCAACAAAAGGAUUAAGAUGUCCAGCCUGAGAUACAAUGAAUGGCUUCAGGAUGGCAGCCAGCUGUCAUCCAACCCUCUAAUGACCCCUGAUAACUUGGGCUCUUCAGGAGCUGCAGUGCAUACGUAUGUCAAAGCCACUUUUCAUGCCUUUAACAAGUACAAAAGGGAAGGAUUUUGUCUCCAGAAUGUUGACAAAGCACCUCUUGCGAAGAGAAGAAAAAUGAAAAAAACAAGUACAAGCACAGAGACACGUAGCAGCUCCAGUGAAAGUUCACAUUCUUCUUCCUCUCAUUCUCAUGGUAAAACUACACCUACAAAGACACUGCAGCCAACAAAUCCUACAGACAGCAAUAACCCAGAAACCAUCUUCCAAUUCUCUGACUGAAAAGGACAGAAUAUCCUGUCUUGAAUUAAGUGGUUAUAAACUUGGUAGUACCUAUGUUGUCUUCUCCUGUCUGUUGCUUUAAAAACAUAUUUUAAUCAUACCUUUUUAGCUUUGUAUUUCAAUAAAUUUCUUUUCAGCUUCAAGUUUUGCAUCACUGGAUAUAGGGUAAUAGUAUUAUACAGCCAUUGUAUUCUCUUAGGGCUAAAAUUACUAAUUUUGCAGUAAAGCUCAAAGUAAAAAGCUAUGGUGCUCAUGGUACAGCUUGGAGGAAGACUGUUUCUCAGUGUCAGAAUCUUCCUCACAGUUUCUUCCCCACUGUUCAAAGAAAGGAAAACUGUAACAUGUAUAGAACUCUUGGAUUGUCUGCUUUUACCCACCUGUCUGAAGAAUGUCAGAUAGUGUAAUUCUUCCUGCAUGUGAGGAAUCAUUGGUACCAUGCACCAAGCAGUACAGUACUUCAAGGCCUUUUAAAUUGGUGGUUACAAUCGAUCCCACUUAUAUGAAUUUUAAGAGCAAAAUUAAAUGUUAUACUGAUCUUAUGUUGUUUUAAAAAAUAACUCCAUGUGUCUUGUAAACAACUGGGAAUAUCAGUCUUAGAUUUUUUUGUAUUUAUUUAAUUUUUAAAGAAACAUCUAAGGUAACAUGUUUGAUAAGAUGAGGUGUCUAGUACUGUGAUACACAAUACUUUUAAUUUCUGUUUUUUAAAGUUACUAACUUUUGAAAUGUUUUACAGAUUCUAAAAGAUAAUGCUAUAAGAGAAAGAGAAAUUUCCUAUUGAAAAAUGGUCACAUGUUAAAAUAUCUAUUUCAAGAAUUAUAAUUUAUAUUUUCUUUUUAUAUUUACACAGUAACUUUAAAAUGCUAAGAUUUUUUUAAAGAUGCAAAAGCUCCAGUUCCAACAUUUGUUAUUAUAGGGUCCAUACAAAGUAUUUACCACGUUAUUUGAAUUUUGCAUUGUGCAAGUAUGGCAGUUUAAUAGUGACUGUAAAAUAUAAGAAUAUGUAUUUUCUCUUUUGCACUUUAUAACAUCCAAAAGAGAUGUUUUAUUAUAAAGUGCACUCAGAUCUCCCUACAAGGUGCUGAGCACUGUUUUUACUGGAUUGAAUGACCACCAUAUGUGGUGGUUGUGGUUGUUGUGAAGGAGAAUUCUGUACUUUGCAGGAGUGAAUCCCUGUAUAUUACCCACUAUUUUCAUUCCUUACUUUAAACUGCAAAGCUCUUUCUAUCUUGCUUUUACAUUGUAUAUAACAAAUACUAGACCUGGGCACCUUGUGUAGUGUAGAUGUUAACAACUUAUGCACUGGGAAUACUAAAGGGAAAUUAUAUUGAACACUGUGCUUCACAACUCAUUCACUGUGGUGUUCUACAGUGAAGUAUUUCCUACUGUGAUAGUAUAGUAUGUACAUAACUUUGGAAUCAUGAAUGUGACUUACAGAAACAUCAGCAAAAACUUUUAAAUCAGUGUAUUUUAUAAGUUUAUGGAGAGCUCUUUUAUUGCUUGUAUUCUCAAUGACUAGGGCAAACUUAAGUGCUAAAGAUUACUCCAGUUUUGCAAAUGAUUACGUGUGUAAGUUUCCACUGAAGUCACAAAGACUCCUUUUGUAAAGUUAAUCAUAUGCCUAAAUUUGGGUGAUGGAAGACUAAAGGACUAGGGGACUUCAUUAACAGCUUGCUCUAUCUUAAAGUAACCUUAAUCCAAACCCUAUGCAAAAAAGGUUAUAGGAAUUGUUUUAUUUAUAGAAUUAUAUCAGAUAUCAGUAUUGAGAAAUACCAUACAUCCAUGUUUACAGGGAUUGCGUGUAUCAAAACAAGGCUUUAAAGCCAAACAUCUUUGUUCUGUGUUUCUUUAAUAUUAAUAAUGGCAUUCUGAGGUUUUGGAAUUGCUCAUGUGAAAUAGUUUACUACUUUCUUGAUGUGAAUGUCAACAGUAAUUGCAGCAUUAAUUUCAGGUUGAUGUGAAUAUUGAGAUUUGCACUGUUUAUGUAGAAGUGUAAUAUAUUUAAAGAUCAGUAUAUGUACUAAUAACACAACCAAUUAUAAGUCAACAAUGUUAAAAUAUUGAAAAAUAAUUGUCAAUGUAAUAUAUUCAGGCUUGCUUUCUGAAUGCUUUCUUUGGAAGUAAUCUCAAUAGUGGACAUGGCUUGUUUGUACAAGAAAACUUUCCUGCUCCCCAAUAAACUUGCUGUAAAUACAACAAACAAUCCACCAUUAAUACUUGUUAUGCAGACAGUACAAGUAAAUUGGGAGGUUGGAGAACAGAUUGCUUGCAAAAUUUCCACCUUGAGGAGUUCUUGUCCUUGGGGUGAAUGCAACAAAAAAAAAAAAUCUUUUUUGUUUGAAUUUGCUUAAGUGUAAGAGACUUUGGGAUACCAGGUAGAUUUGGAAUAUUGUGACUCAGCUGAAAUAACUUCUUUUAAGUUAGGAACACAGUGCAGUUCUUUGUGUUGGGAAAUUUGAACUGUUGCUUGUCAAACACGUGAAACAAGACAAUUCUUGGACAAGAUACUUAAUGCCUGUUAAAUUCGAUACUUAAUGGCUGUGUUGCCAGGAUUUUUUGCACACAGGUUUGAGACUGUUGUGCAACUAAAAUUAUUUGAAGACAUCACUUGUAUCAAAGACAGCUUUUAUAAAUUAAUGUUUCUGUGUCCUCUUUGUGCUGUAACAGUGGUUAUUAAAUACAAAUUUAAAAACAGGGUAGUUCUUUUUGGCAGGGCUAAGUACAGUUAGGUGUUACUUUGCAUUUGCUUGGAACUGGUUACCUGGUGUAGCUGAAAUGUUUAGCACCUCUGACCUGCUGCUACCUUUAGGUAACAGGUCUUAUGAAGUUGUGUUUGACACUAAGCUGUCUGAAUUUUUAGAGUAGCAUCUUUACAUAACAACUGCUGAUGUCCAUUUAUAGUGAUAAAACUGAGUUGCAAACCAGGUAGCUCAAGAGCAAAUUCACCUCUUGUUCAGAUGUCCUGCAGGAGACUACUUUUUCUUGGCAGAUUGAUGCUGUCUCAGCUUAAUCUUUUGUCCAGCCUAGCAGUCUAGGUCAUAUAAAGACCCUGGGCCAAAUUUUUCAUAAUCAUACCACUAUUUCAAAUCUGAAGUGUACAAGCCAAUCUUGAUUAGUAUAUAAAUAUAUUGCCUUGGCAAAGAGUUGUUAGUCUGUAAAUUAUGUUUAUACUAACAUUGAUUUUCCUUCAAGUGCUGCUAUGAGUCAAGCAAAUUUUAUGUCUAGUAAUGAUAUCUCUUUACUGUCAGAAAUGUAAUGCAGUCAGCAAUAUUGUGGCCAGACUUGUCUGAAAAAUCAAAUUUCUUAUCAGUAAAAAUUUAAACAACUAGUGUGGUUAUUAUUCUGUCAUUAAAUUAUGUGAUAUACUGUAAAGCUAUUUCCUUGUAAUACUUUUGGAAACACAAGUACUAGUUAUUAAAGGGUAAUUCUGCUGAAGUUAGGAUUUACUGUUCCUCUGGCUUAGUGAAAUUUUUACACUUGCAUAUAAGGAAAAGCAGCUGAAAUAUUUCUUUCUUAAAUGAAGGUUCAGUGCAUUUGUCUUACAUAUUUUCUACUGCUAUGCAAAGACAGAUUUUUAAAAUGCUUUAUUAAACAGUUUGGGGGACACAUGUUUAAAUACAGUAUUGCAUCAGAAUGGAUUGAGGCUUCAAAUUGGCAUUACUGAUGUCUGUAUUUUCUCAUCCCUUUUCCAUGGCUACUUUUCUGAACAAGAUAACAGUACCUGUACAGCCAUGGUCCCUACCCUUUAUCCAGAAACAGAAUAAUUCUUGGCAGAAAAUAUUCACAGAAUGAUGAUACAUAUUUAUUGGUUGUGAUGAAGUGUUGCUGUUGCACAAGUGUCUUAAAUUUUUAAUGUGUGCAUGUAUUAUGUGCAUAUUUGUAGCUACACGUUGUAUUGCAUGUCUAGGCCUCAAUUUAAAGUAAUAUGCCUUGUUUAAGAAAUUAGUUCUCUACUCAUACACUCCAAGGACCAGACAAGGGGGCUGCUACAGAAGAGGAGGAAGAAGUUAGAAGUUAUGGGAAGUCAGAGAUAAAAGGCUUCUGGGGAGAUGUUUUCAGGGGUAAAUUCCUCAUGUUAUCUCCAUGUGUGUAUAAUACUCGAUGACAUUGAAAUGCAAGCCUUCUUGUAAGUUAUCCAGCAUGAACACAUUUCCUAACACUGCAGAUCUGAGUAUCUGUGUGUGUGUCCACACACAUGUAUCUUUAUAUGACAUUUUGGUCUUCUGUUGGAUUUUUUUGUUAUUUCUCAAGUAAAGUCCCAGAUGUUUUUAGCAUAUAUGAUGGUCUUUCUCAGCUCUGAUUUCUAUGUUGUUAAAGCAUGACAUUGCCUCCCUUCAGUCAAGGUAGUUGAUGGAAUAUUCUGGCUUGGGAGAAUAGGAAAUAACAUGGCUGUUUCUUCUGUAAAGAGAUAAAAGUGCUUUGAUCCUUGUCAUGUAGCUCCUCUGGCCUACAGAACACUGGAUUCUGUAAAAAAUAAGUGCAGAACUGUUGGCUGUCUCCUGCCAUCCUGCAUUUUUAUGUCACUCAUUCAAUAGAUACUGGAUGUUCAGAACACCUAUGUGGAAAAGAAAACUUAGAAUGAUGCCUGUAGCCUGCACUAGUGUAAAUAAAGUAAUGCUU